GAAAUUGGCGACAACGCCGCGUGAUUAUCUGAAGCCUUGCUCUCAUCAGUGUUGAGGCGAUGAUCAGGUCAUCGGCUUUGUUACCAUUAUUCAAGUAACACCUCCUCCCUAUCCCGUCGUCGGCUUAAUUAUGACGUGGGUGUGUGCCCGAGCAUUUCGACUAUGGGUGCAUGUGAUAUCCGCCCCUUCAAGGAUUGACUAAAGGUUUGUCGCCAAAUCUGCGUUGUGUCUCCGUACACAUCAUGCGACGCCGACAUAAUAUUACUUUAGCAACACUUGCUUGUCUCGGAACGGUAUACCUCGUUGCACAACACCGACACGAAUUCAAAACCACGCCAGGGGGUGCACGCAUCAGCGGAAUUGAGAUAUUGCCGUCUGACAGGCUCACCUCCUCCCACCAAAACGAUGGCUUCGUUAUUCUGAAGGAUGAAGUAUCAAGCCAAGCAAUACCAGAAGAUGUUAGGUCGCCGCUAAAGGAAAUCGCCGCUUCCGCUAUUGGAGAGCCUAGUCUAGACCUCCAGCCGAGACCUUCCUUCGAGGAAGUCUCACAGUCAUCAAGAACAGACAGCGAACCCGAGACGAAAUAUCCUUUCCAAGACGAUUUACAGCUUGACCUACCUACCACCGUGCUUCAACGGUACUCGACACAAACGCCUCACAGUUACGACCUCGGCACCCCUGGAAGCUAUGCGUACGCAACAUUUCUUGCUACUCUUAACCCCUCUCUUAAAGAUCCCUACUUUCUCGCUAUUCAUUCGCUUAUCUAUCGGAUACUCUGGUCUUCCCAAACACGCAGCCAAAAAUACCCGCUCAUCGUUUAUGUGGCCGAAUAUGUAACAGACGAGCAGCGUGCGCUCCUUAAAGGAGCCGGUGCACUAGUACGCGAGCUCUCACCUCUUCAAUGGGAAUGCAACGUCUCUGGCGUGCAAGACCGAUGGAAGGAUCUCUUUGCCAAGCUCAAUAUGUGGAAAGAGACGGAGUUUGAGCGCAUACUGUUUUUGGAUGCUGAUGCGUUUCCGUUGGCGAAUAUUGAUGAGAUGUUCGACCUCGCGCCUAAGCAAGAUUGCAUACCGGAGAAAUUGCAUCUCGAUGACUUCCUACCCGACGGGCCAGUUUGCGAGCCUUACAUCUUCGCUGGCGUCGCGCAAGAUAUCUUCAAUGCGACAUAUCCUAACGUCAACGUCGGGUCAAUGGUCUUCACACCCUCCUUGCGCAUGCAUGCACGACUUGUGCAGAACUAUGUCAAGACCGAUAAUUACGAUUGCUUAAUGGCUGAGCAGGCGUUCUUAAACUGGCAGUUUGGUCCGGAGAGCGCAUAUCCAGUGACAAAGCUGGAUAGACAAUGGGGUGGAUUCUUUCCCACGGAGGACGAGGGCGAUGGAAAACUGAAGAUUGUCCAUGAGAAGCUCUGGGUUAUGAAGGAGGGAUGGAUGAAACAGGAAUGGGAGAAGGGCUGGAACGAGAUGAAUGAGUUCUAUGAGAGCGCUGAAUUUGCCAAAGCGAGAGAGGAAGAUGGUAUGGUUUCUGGAAGCGAUUAGGGUGCUUAUUACUGUCACAGUCUUCUGUACUGCUUGAUUGCCAUCCUCAGAGUGUUUUCUUUUGCGUGUAUUCCAGACCAUCUGGGCGAGAUUUAUGUGGACAAGCGAGACGAGAGAAAGGAACAUAAUUAUAUAGUUGUGUUGGCAUGCAUAGCAACGAGAGGGUGUUUCUGGAAUGGCGUACCAUUUAUGGUCUUCAUUCCAGAAAGGUUUAGACAACUAUGGCCAUGGUUUUGGUAUCUUCAAGAAAGC